GAAAAAGCAAAGACUAAAAAAUUUUGAAGUGGCCAUAUCAUGAAUCAUGAUGCCGGAGCUUGGCCUAUAUAAAGAGAAGAUUGCAUUCAAUUCUAUGCAUCCCAUCUCUUUACUCACAAGUAUAUAUAUACAUAUUCAUUUCAAUAAGUUAAUUAGAGCAAUUUUGAGAUGGGGUUACAUGGGAAAUUGGUUUCAGCAAUAGAAUUCAAAGCUGGUGGAGAUGUGUUUCAUGAACUAUUUAGGCACAAACCACAUGAUAUCUCCACAAUGAGCCCUGGUAUAGUACAAGGUUGUGAUCUUCAUGAGGGUGAAUUUGGUCACGUUGGUUCUAUCAUUUGCUGGACUUACACCCAUGAUGGGAAAGAGAAGAAGGCAAAAGAGGUGAUCCAAGCCAUUGAUGAGGAGAAAAAAUUGAUCCAAUUUAAGAUGAUUGAAGGAGACGUGAUGGAGCUCUACAAAGACUUCGUUAUUACAAUCCACGUUGAGACAAAUGGGGGCAUUGAUUUGGUGACAUGUACCUUCGAAUACGAGAUGCUUAAUGAAGAUGUGGAGCAUCCCAUCUCACUGCUCACCUUGUUCAUCGACCUCACCAAAGACAUCGAGACUCAUCACGCUUCCAAAACUUAAUUGAAUCAAUCUUUCUCAUUUCCAAACUCUACAAUGAGAGAGGUGUGAUGUUUAAUGGUUUCUUUGCUUCUUUUGUUCUUCAUAUGUUGAGUCAAUAAGAUCCUUUACUUCCCCAAUGUGUGUGUCUGUGUCUGUGUCUGUGUGUGAGAGAGAGAGAGAGAAGGGGAAGAGAGAGAGUUAAACUUUGUUGUUUUUACAAACUAGUAUUGUAUUUGGCACUUUUUUAUUGCUGUAUAUUAUGAAACUUUGUGGAGAUGGUUUAA